AUGGCUCAAGCUCUGCCCUGGCUCUUGCUGUGGAUGGGUGCAGGGGUGCUGUGCACCCAGUCAGGAAUCCGACUACCCCUGAAGAGUGGACUCCCCUUGGGUCUCCGACUGCCUCGGGAAGCCAUCGAGGAGCUGGAUGAGCCCAAUCGACUUCUCAGCCGCAGGAGCAGUUUCGUAGAGAUGGUGGACAACCUGAGGGGCAAGUCUGGUCAGGGCUACUACGUGGAAAUGACAGUGGGCAGCCCUCCACAGACGCUCAACAUCCUAGUGGACACAGGCAGCAGUAACUUCGCAGUAGGAGCUGCCCCGCAUCCUUUCUUACAUCGAUACUACCGGAGACAGCUAUCCAGUACUUAUCGGGACUUGCGGAAGGGUGUGUACGUGCCCUACACCCAGGGCAAGUGGGAGGGCGAGCUGGGCACUGACCUAGUAAGCAUCCCUCAUGGCCCAAAUGUCACCGUACGUGCCAACAUUGCUGCCAUCACCGAGUCCGACAAGUUCUUCAUCAAUGGCUCUAACUGGGAGGGCAUCCUGGGGCUGGCCUAUGCGGAGAUUGCCAGGCCUGAUGACAGCCUAGAGCCUUUUUUCGACUCUCUGGUGAAGCAGACCCAAGUACCCAACCUCUUCUCCUUACAGCUGUGUGGCACUGGCUUCCCAAACCUCAACCAGUCUGAGGCCCUGGCCUCAGUUGGUGGGAGCAUGAUCAUUGGGGGCAUUGACCAUUCCCUAUAUGUGGGCAGUCUGUGGUACACACCUAUCCGCCGAGAGUGGUACUAUGAAGUCGUUAUUGUUCGGGUGGAGAUCAAUGGGCAGGACCUGAAAAUGGAUUGUAAAGAGUACAACUACGACAAAAGUAUUGUGGACAGCGGCACCACCAACCUGAGACUACCUAAGAAAGUGUUUGAGGCUGCAGUCAAGUCCAUCAAGACAGCCUCCUCGACAGAGAAAUUCCCAGAUGGCUUCUGGCUAGGGGAGCAGCUGGUAUGCUGGCAAGCUGGCACUACCCCUUGGAACAUCUUUCCAGUCAUCUCACUCUACCUAAUGGGGGAAGUCACUAAUCAGUCCUUCCGAAUCACCAUCCUGCCACAGCAAUACCUAAGGCCAGUGGAAGACGUUGCCACAUCUCAAGAUGACUGCUACAAGUUUGCCAUCUCACAAUCAUCCACGGGCACUGUUAUGGGAGCUGUUAUCAUGGAAGGCUUCUAUGUUGUCUUUGACCGAGCUCACAAACGAAUUGGCUUUGCUGUCAGUGCCUGCCAUGUGCACGAUGAGUUCCGGACAGCAGCAGUGGAAGGCCCCUUUGUUACCACAAACAUGGAGGACUGUGGCUACAACAUUCCGCAGACAGACGAGUCGACCCUCAUGACCAUAGCCUAUGUCAUGGCUGCCAUCUGUGCUCUCUUCAUGCUUCCACUCUGCCUCAUGGUGUGCCAAUGGCGCUGCCUCCGUUGCCUGCGCCGUCAGCAGGAUGACUUUGCUGAUGACAUUUCUCUACUCAAAUGAAGGGCCCUCAAGCCUCACAGGCCCUCUAUGGCUGUCUACUCUGGCAGGAGACAUGGAGAUAGAACAUGUGACCAGAGCACCUCAGGACCCUUACCCACCAGCCUGCCUACCUUGACAAAGAGAAAACUGGGAGAUGCUGGCACGGUGCGUCCCACAGCGAUAAUGGCUUUAGAAGGGGGAAGAGGAAAGAAGGAAUCUCUCCAAUGGCAGGAAACCCCUUGGUCACAUCAAACCUCAGCUAGGAAAUUUUCUGCUGCUUGAAACUUCAUCCCUAAAAAUUUUACCACCUCACCUAGUUCUCUUCAACCCAAAUCCUUCUCUUUUCCUUAUUCUCAGAAUUGGUACCAGACCCAGCCUUUUCCCUGAUGGUGUCCUGGGAUUAGAAAUGGCCCGCCCUCAUUCUCUUCACACAGGGGUUAAUGUACAAUAUAGCCUCUUAUUUUUGUGUAGAACCUACAUAAACAACCCUGAUUUGACUACAGGGGUAAAAUUUCUUAAAUCUGUGAAUAGAUUGGGGUAUUUAAAUGAUUUUUAUUAGGGGAGAAGGGAGGACAGGUAAUAAGACAGGCAGACAAAGAAGGGGAAAUUAGGGAAAAGCAGUAAAUGGGAAGAACUGUCCCCAGUUUUAGGUCUUGCUAUCUACAUAAAAUACCAUAUCAUAUAACUCAACCAGAAAGACUCUGAUUUGGCAAAACAUUCCAGUUGUCAUGAAAGAACCAGAUUGGCCCCCCCACUCUAUGACUAUUGAUACUCCCUUUCCUAUUCUUCCCAAAUGACCGCAAAGAAAACACAAAGAAAAUCUUGCAAAAUUUGACCAGAUCCUCAUAAUCUGCCUUUAGCAAAGAACAACUAAAUUGCAAACCUAAUUUCUCCCACUAAGGUUCACUUAGCAAAUGACUUUUUUUAAAUAGCCUGAACCUUCUAAUCCCAGAGCAUCACUACUAGAAUUUUGCUAAGAUUCCCCAACUUCCUACACUCCCUCCUCCCUUAAUUUUCAUACCCACAUAGAGAAUAAACAGAAUAAGGCAGAGCUUGGCUGUACUUCUUGAGCUACCCAAUCACAGGGUCUCAUCUCUUUUCUUCCUACCCCUUAACUAAGCCACAAAGCUCCUGAGGAUUUUGCAAACUAGGGAGUUAAAUGAAGGGAUACUGGAUUUUCUCCUAAAUCUUUGAAAAGAGAAUCCAGGGCUUUCAGCAAGUAUGGAGUUGAGACCUUGGGCCUCUGCCUGGAUCUCCUUUGUGUUCAAAGGUAAACAGGAAUCAGGAAUUAGGCAUCUCCUUCCCUCUCCCAGACCUCUCUCACCAUGCUACCACCUCCCUCCCAUACCACUAUUACAUUCAGGUGGAUGAAGCAUCUUCCAGUGCCACUGGUACAGUACCGAUAACUCCCCAAACUCAGUGCUCUCUGGUGCUGUUGCCAUCUCCAGUACCAAGAGGUUAGCAGCCUCCCUUUCAUAGCAUUCCUCAUCUCACUGGAAGCUUUUCUUCCCUGAGUGCCAUUCUUUCCCUUGGUUCCUUGGCUCCCCAGCCCGUGUUAUCUUGUUACCUAGGGCUGGGCACAGAGGAAACAAGCUAAUCUACCCACAGAAGAAUUGCUAUAGCAUUAGCAGGAAGUCAUAAGGUAAAUACAACUGCUCAACUCCACCUUAGCACUCUCGAAGGAAGCCCCUCCCCCCCAACUUUUUUCCUAAUUUAGCCCAGCCAGUCUACAUGGAAUCUGCCUGGCCUCCUUUUCUGUGGGUGUGGGGUAGGGCAAGGGUGAGGGGAGAAAACCCAUGGGGACAUUUCUGGAGUUUCCUGCCUCAGCCUGGCUACUCUGUGGACCAGAACCCCAGUUAACUCCCCACAAGCCAUAAGCAAAUAACAGUGAGAAUAAUGGACCACAGCUUCUCAUUUCUCCACCCACACUUGAGGUCCUUUUUUUUCCACUGCAUCUGGUGCUGCUCUGGCUGAUGGGGGGUACUUUGUACCACCCAAAACUGAUAGAAAAAUCUCAAAAAUAAAAGCCUCCUUCUAGCUUGAGACUUUACUUGGGUGUGUAAAUAAAUCUUUGGAAUUGCUCGUGUGUAACUAAAAGGCCAAGUUCUGCUUUAUAAUCCCUCCCUACGGCUGAGGAAAACUGGCUUUUCCUAGCUCUUCCCAGGACAUAAAACCAACUUUGGUUAGUUGGUCUUGCAGCCCUCUUGUUAUUUUUUAAAGAGAAAACUGGUUGUACUUAAUUCUUCUUUUUAUAAUUCCCUUCUCCAAGCUGCCCCACCAACUUUGAACUCUUAAAUGUAAAGAAAUUCCUCUCGCUAUCUGCUUCUUGCUUGUAAGAUAUGUAUGUAUAUAUCUAUUUUUUAAUUCUACACUCAAAAGCCACUAUCUCAUUUCCAAUCCUCCUCAUUUGGCCUUUCCACAUUUAUAGGUUAGUAAACAAGACAGUAGGUGGAACUUUGGUGUUGUUUUACAAUCGUUGUUAAGACAAAAGGGAAAGAACUGAGCAACACUGGGGUUCUACUUGCCAUAGCAACCUCUCCAGAAGCACUUGUCAUCUUGCUCUAAAUUAGGUUAUCCAUGGGCUUUUGCUGGGGAGAAGGGGGUUAAUCCCUCUACUCUAUCCCACACUCUUCACUCUUUUGGCUCUAAACGCUUUCUGGAGAUAACUAGAAGUUAUUGUUCUUAUACAAGUUAGUUCCUAGCCUUGUAGAAACACUGAGAGGUAGCAAAGGUGGACCAGAAGCUACAAAUCUCAGGGGAGGCAGGUAAGUCAUGAAUAAAGAGAAAUGUAAGCUAAAGAGAACAAAGAAUUGAUCUUCAAUCCUACCAACCAUAUUUUCUGCCUCAAAGGAGUCGGAGUAAAAGCCAAUUGUUAGGAGGGAGACAUCAUUCACAAAAGGCAAAAAUAUUAACCAGAGAAAUCUGGAGGAGGUAAAAAUGGAGGACAUGAGUCCUAGGUACUAGAGCAGUCUCUUCACUUCUGUUCCAGUGCAGCA